AGAGACGAGGAAAAUUGCCCAGCCCUUCCUCAUGCUUGUUCCUGUUCAGAAGCUAAUAAGGGUCCCCUUGGACCUCCUGGACCACCGGGUGGUCCAGGUGUCAGAGGUGCCAAAGGUCAUCGUGGCGAUCCAGGUCCAAAGGGACCAGAUGGACCUCGAGGUGAAAUUGGUGUUCCUGGACCACAAGGACCUCCAGGACCACAAGGACCCAGUGGACUUUCUAUUCAAGGGCUUCCAGGUGUCCCAGGAGCAUCAGGUUCACCUGGAAGAGAUGGAGCUCAAGGUCAAAGGCUUGGUGUCACCUGUUCAUCUCCAGGUUAAUAAAGACCUGAAGCUGAUGGACAUUUGGAUUUUUGCCACCAUGCUGUCUAAUCUUGGUCAUAGCCAGGUUGAGGGCCUUCCUGGCAAAGAUGGACCCACAGGCCCACAAGGACCUCCUGGCCCAAUGGGCAUACCUGGUGCUCCGGGUGUUCCAGGCGUUACUGGAAGCCAGGGGCCACAAGGUGAUGUUGGAGCUCCUGGUCCUCCUGGAGCUAAGGGUGAAAGGGGUGAGCGGGGUGAUCUCCAGUCCCAAGCAAUGGUGCGUGCUGUUGCUCGGCAAGUGUGUGAACAACUCAUCCAGGGUCAUAUGGCAAGAUAUAACUCAAUUCUGAACCAGAUUCCAAGCCAGUCUGUCUCAACACGAACCAUCGCAGGACCUCCUGGUGAGCCAGGUCGGCCUGGGGCUCCAGGGCCACAGGGUGAACAAGGAUCACCAGGCAUGCAAGGGUUUCCAGGAAGCCCUGGUCAACCUGGAAGACCAGGAGAAAGAGGUUUACCAGGCGAGAAAGGAGAAAAAGGCAAUCCAGGUGUUGGAACACAAGGACCCCGAGGCCCACCAGGAUCUACAGGACCCCCAGGAGAAAGUCGAACUGGUAGUCCGGGACCGCCAGGUUCUCCAGGCCCACGAGGUCCCGCCGGGCACAUGGGGCCUCCGGGCUCACCGGGUCCUUCUGGCCCGCCGGGGUACUGCGAUCCAUCCUCCUGCGCUGGUUACGGCAUGGGAGGUGGAUACGGUGAGCCAACUGAUCAAGACAUCCCAGUAGUGCAGUUGCCACAUAACUCCUACCAAAUCUAUGACCCUGAGGACCUUUAUGAUGAGUUUACUCCUGUUCGAGAAGAGACGGAAGCCGUUGAACUGAGAUCCCCGGGAAUUAGUCGCUUCACAAGGAAGAUAGCCAAAAGGAGUGUCAAGACUCCGGUACGCAAAAGGGCGAGUGGAAAAAAACCCUCUCAAUGAACUGUUUAAAAAAGGGAAACAUUUUAUGUGCGUCUGUGUUUGGCCUUUUGUCCAGGUGCCUAACCUGUCACGGAAGAUGUUUACAGGCUCUUAUAUUAAAGGAGAAAAAAAAUGUACAUGACCCGUUGACACAACAAAUAAUGGUAAUUAUCUUGCAUGCCAGAAACUUAGUAUGCUAGUGGGUUGGUGCUAGAUGAUGAUGAAAGGUCACUUUUAGAUCUUUCUCUGGAGUACUGCUCCAUACACUAUUCAAACUGUAUCUAAAAAUCCGCAUCAGGCUAGUUGGUG